UCGGCAUUUCCGGUAAAAUUUGCUGAGGAGGAAAGGAACUGUUUUGUUGUUGUCUACGAUUUGAGUUAUUAGAAACAAUUUAAGUGAAAUCUGAAUAUCCUGAGUCUGUAUUAAUUUGAAGCAAAUACGGGAAGAUGUCAGAAGAUUUGUUGAAACAGUUGGGCAGCUACAAAGCCCAGUUACAACAAGUGGAAGCUGCCUUAUCAACCGAUCCUGAGAACGAAGACCUUCUCAAAUUACAGAAAGACUUAUCGGAAGUCAUAGACUUGACAAAAGACCUCCUGACGUCGCAGCCCUCUGAAGGUACUGCUAGUGCCAACAGCUCCGAUGCAGCCCCCCUGAAACACAGCUGGAGCGUUGGGGACAGGUGUAUGACUGUGUGGAGUCAGGAUGGACAGGUGUAUGAGGCUGAGAUUGAGGAGAUAGACGGCGAGAACGGCACGGCGGCCAUUACCUUCUUCGGCUACGGGAACGCAGAGGUGGUGCCACUGCAGAACCUCAAACCUGCCGAGGAGGGCAAGCAUUCUGAGGAGGACGGGAAACCCAAGUCCAGGAAAGAGCAGAUAGCAGACCAGAGGGAGUACAAGAAGAAGAAGGCCCAGAAGAAGGUGCUGAGGAUGAAGGAGCUGGAACAGGAGCGAGAAGACCAGAAAUCCAAGUGGCAAAGUUUCAACAACAAGGCCUACAACAAGAACAAGAAAGGACAGGUGAAGAGGAGUAUAUUUGCAUCGCCGGAGAGCGUAAACGGCAAGGUGGGAGUAGGAACAUGUGGCAUAGCAGACAAACCCAUGACCACGUAUCACGACACAUCCAAAUAUAACGUCAGGCAUCUCAUGCCACAGUGACCAAAAAUGUUUUCUUGGUGUUUAAAGUAUCCCAUUGUAUAGUAGGAGGAUCAGUGUUUACCAUUGUGUUUAUAUGGCUUAGGUUACUCAAGUAAAGGAGCUUUGAAACUAAUCGCUUACUCACCAUUGGUUGGCUCAUUGGAAUAUUGUUCUUACCGGUAUGUCAUAUAGAACAGCAGAAUUCUUAAUAAAAUAAAUGACCCCUGUAAUGGAUCAGCACAAAUAACUCAAGUGUUUAGAUUGUGGUGACAUUUGUAUGGAUUGCUGUAUCUUUCUGAAUGCAACAAAGGCAAAAACUAUAAUAUGUGCAUGUUUCAAUGUUACACAUUUAUUAUAGCUUUUUCAGGGUGAACUGGGCUAUAUUAGACAUUUUUACUUUUUGCUGUUUAGUGGUAAUAACUCUUUUUAAAGCAUUUCAGUUUUGUACAUUUACAGUAAAACAAAUUGUCAUUUUUUUUGAGGUAAGAUGUCCCUCUCAUUUUGCCCUGAAAUUACGAGUAGGUUUCCAUAUUGGUACUGAAUGUUUAACAGUUCCUCCAGAUGGCAGUAAUGCAUUUUGUACCAUCUUUGUUUCCGUGACGUACAUCAAUGACCUUGUAUCACUGCUGGCGACGUAAGCGUUUCUUUUUCUCAAUUAAAAUCAGGGAUGAGUUGUGUA